AUCGACUGCUCACGCCUGGAAGUGGUCCGUCCGAUAUUAUCUUCCUCUCUCUGCCGUGUGAGAGCGUGGUAGUGGGUUGCAAAAAAAAGUGAUUAAAAAGUUAGGAGAUAGGCCACAAACCGCCAUCAUGAUGUGAGUUUUAUUUAAGUGACGUAGUAGUAGUGGUUGUCGCCAUGGGAACGCAGGGAGGAAGUGAAGCUGCUGCAGCGGAGAGCUUUUACCCGAGUGAUGAAGACAGAGAGAAGUGGAUGGCCAACGCGUUUGACAUGGCCAGAGAUGCUCUGGAGAAUGGAGAGGUGCCUGUUGGAUGUCUGAUGGUCUAUAACGAUGAAGUCGUGGGCAAGGGACGGAAUGAAGUCAACGAGACCAAAAAUGCGACUCGUCACGCUGAGAUGGUUGCUCUGGACCAGCUCCUGGACUGGUGUCGCCAUAGCAACCUGGAUGUGAGGAGUGUGUGCGAGCAAACCGCCCUGUACGUCACCGUGGAGCCGUGCAUCAUGUGUGCUGCAGCCCUACGCCUGCUCAAUAUCCCAGUGGUCGUGUACGGCUGCAGGAACGAGCGCUUUGGAGGCUGUGGUUCGGUUCUGGAGGUGUCCUCUGCAAACCUACCUCAAACUGGGACCACGUUCAAGUGUGUUUCAGGUCACAGAGCAGAAGAAGCUGUAGAGAUGCUGAAGACUUUCUACAAGCAGGAGAAUCCAAACGCUCCAAACCCCAAAACAAGGAAGGACUGAGAAGUUCCACACACACACACACACACACACACACACACACGAGUUGCAGAUUUACUUUUUAUAUCGCUUGUUUUGACCUUUUUUAUACUUUUGUAAUUUAAUAAAUGACAUUCUAAGUGA